AUGGGGAGAAUCAAGAAGGCGGCAGGCUCAAAGCAUGAGGCUACAAUUUCGCCAUAUCUGUCCGAAUUUAUUAAGCUUGCGACCAAGACCCCGCUCGCUCAGCUUCCAUCACAUCUCAGGACCCUUCCACGGACAUGGCCAUUUCCACGAGGCGAUCUUUAUCACUGGAUACCUCUGCUAGAUCGAUUCGACGAUAUCUUGGCUUCUGUCAUUGAACGUUAUGGCUUAAAUAUCGGUCCUCAAGUGACGCCGUUUGGUCGAUAUGUCUUAGAGGAUGCGGUCGCCGGUCAGGACGAUAAUGUCGAUGAGAUACUCAACGGCCUUGGCUACGGCUCCGAGGGCGAUCGAGAACUUGUCGAGGUUAUUCUAGCAUUUUCACAGCUGCUACAAGAGAAGUGUGGGAAUCGCAGUCUAUACAGCAGCAGUGAUCGACUGAACGACCUGUUGAACACAACAUCAAACUCCCUUUUGAUAACCACCCUUCGACUUGCUCUUCUACUCGCACAACGAUACCACGCUCGGCAACGCAAUGCAAGCGCCACCCACUUCCAACAAGCCCUGCUUGCUGCCCAUUACAAUAUUGAUCUAGACAGGGUACAAAAACUCUCGUCGCCAUUUCCUAGACCAACUAUGUCUGGAAAGCCACCAGCCGCACCAACCGCCCCUGUUGUGAAAGCAAAGGAGAAGGCAGUUCAGACAAGACACGACGCCAACGACGCGGUUGUACUUUUGCGUGAAAAAGAUGGGUGGGAAGAAUGGGGAACUAUACGUGCUGUGUAUUACCCUAGUGUUGCUGAUCAAGAGAAGCAGCCGACGGAAACGCAGUCAAGCGAGCAGUCCCAUCAGCAACAAGCUCCAUCUACCCCUACGCCACUGCGAAGAAGCGCUACCAUGCCUACGCCUCGCCUUAGUCGUAUGUCUAGUAACGAAGAGUCUCCCGUGUACGGCGCCACGCCAUCUUCUAGACUAGGGGAAUCCACUCGGAAUUCCAAAUUGAUCGAAAUACCUGCAAUGGUUGUUACAGCCAGCCCAUUGGAGACCAUCCUUGGGGCAAAACUAAGUGAGGUUCCGACGGAGUCCAAAUACGAUUUCUUACACCGCGCCCGGGUCGCCCAGUCCUUAGUGAAAUCUGACUUGACUCGUGAACAGAUUUUGACCAUCCGGAUUCUUGCACUUACCAACCUGGCAUACUUAUAUCCUGAAGCUAUUAUGCAGCAGAGAAUAUUGCAACUAGAUUCAGAUCAGCCUAAACGGCUACAGAUCACCUACCAGCUUGCUGAGUUGGCUCAUCUAGGCGCUAGCGGAGAUCUUACAGUACUACGAAGCACGCAAACCGCAGCUCUAUAUGCCUUGGAUGCUCUCACGAAACACAAAUCAAGGUCUGCUGAUGUCUGCGCAGCCUUGAAUGUCAACGUCAACCACGGAAUCCUCAUGUUCCUGACCCGUAAGGCAAUUGCAGAGCUCUCUGCUGACCAGGAUGAUGGCGAAGAGUCUGAUGACUGGCGAGACGCACUACUUCUGUUACUCCGGACGUUACCAGGUUCAAGUUCAAGAACGCCCGAAACUUUGAUCGCCGCUGGCCUGAUUCCUAUGUUUGUGGACGUUCUCAAUCUACGCACAGAAAAGGCACGACGUGUCUACCCACGUGUUCUAGAGUUUCUUGAUACAUUCGUACACGCUGUGCGAGAUGCCCUUGGGACAUUGGCUAACGCUAAGGGCUUCGAUGCGAUUUCCGAUUUGAUAGGGUUUGAGACCAAAUCUGCUUUUGACAAUGUCAAUGAGGGAAUUGGUAUACCGACCGAGUAUCGCACCCCAUCGGUUGAUUACGACAUUCCGUAUUUUCAACAACAAUCCUUGAGAUGGCUAUUCAGAUUCGUGAAUCACAUUAUGCAGCAUAACGGUGGAGGCUUUGAUCGAUUGUUACGAAACCUUGUCGAUUCUCCUCCAUUGCUGAUUGCGCUCCGACUCGUCUUCGAAAAUGCGAAAAUAUUCGGUUCCCAUGUCUGGAGCGGAGCGGUCAGCAUCUUGAGCAGCUUCAUACACAACGAACCCACUAGUUAUGCUGUCAUCGCUGAAGCCGGUCUUAGCAAGAGUCUAUUGGAAGCCAUUACUCUGAUAGAGCUGAAGACCCCGGAAGCUGAUGCCACUGUGAUGACCGAGGAAAUCGAUUCUGCGACUCAGCCUGGUGCUCCUUCGUCCGCUUCCUCGACUGCUGCAAAUAUUUCCCACCGCCUAUCUCGAAUUCCCGAUCAGCAGCUGGCUCGUGGUAUCAUACCUGCCUCAGAAGCAAUGUCUUGCAUCCCGCAGGCUUUCGGUGCCAUCUGUCUCAAUGCGGCUGGACUAGAGCUGUUCCAAUCUUCAGGUGCCCUAGAAAGCUAUUUUGAGAUAUUCGAGAGCCCCGUGCAUGUUAAAUGUAUGGACGCAAAUCUAGUCCGGUCUCUGGGAACGACUUUUGAUGAGCUCGUCAGGCAUCAUCCGGCUUUGAAAAAAUCCGUCAUGUCGGCCGUCCUCGUGAUGGUAGCCCGUGUUGGUUUGUUGUGUAAGAAGCUGGCUUACAAGGGCGCCGGGUCCAAAUUAUGGACUUCUGAUGAACAAGGAAAUCUCAAAGUCUUAGGAGGCAAGUACGGCCUGUUCACUGAAAUUGGCGAGUCAUACGAGGACACAGUGAAGCGUGAUGGGCAAUUUUCUUACCCUGCGUUGCGGGAAGGAACUCUGCCCAAUGGCGGUAGUAUUGAACUUGGCCCAAUCACUGACUCAGAUUUGGGAACUAUUCGAUCUGCUCCCUCAGAUGCAGACGAGUGGGGACUUACUGCUGCGAACUACAUCUAUCCUGUGAUGCGUUUCCUAGGAGCGUUCUUCGAGAACCAGGUCAAUUGCACAUAUUUCAUUGAGACCGGAGGCGUUGAAUUUAUUCUAGACUUUGCCACUCUGCCCAGCUUGACUUUUGAUUUUCAAAGUCGCCAGGCAAACAAUGAAUUGACUCAGUUGGUUCACAUGAUGGCCGAAACGAAGCCUCAUCUUGUUAUACCAUCAAUAGUCAAGCGGACCCAAGAUUCUGUUGAAUGUCUUGCCGACUUCUACAAAGAACCUAAACCGGAAGGAUUCUUCACCUCAUUAACGAAGCCCGACCUCGGAGAUGCUAUGGACACUGAGUCAAUCGAAGGUAGUGAUAGGCUAGCGAAAGAACGAGGGACGUAUUAUGUGAAGCAUUUGGUUGCCACACAUGUACUGACUGAUAUUCUUCGUGAGAUUUACACAACUCCGAUGUAUCAAACACGCCCUAGCCAACAAACAUCGGCUUUUUCCCAAGUCAAUCUGACAGAGCAGUAUACAAAUCUCGUUAAAUCAUUAGGCCAACUUCACGCUGCCUGUGUGUGGGACGAAAUACUUAUACAAAAGAACUUACCGCAACGCUGGAUUGAAGCUACAAAGGUGCGGGGUUACGAUUUGGGCAGUGACGAAGCUAACGACGCGCUUGGGCUGUCCAUUGGUGAUGACAGACGAAAUCUUCCGUCCAAUGUCGAACCAACUCCACCAACUUCUUCUACAGCACCGACUGCUUCAGAUGAUAAGGUAUCUGAUACCGCACCAGCUGCAUCUGCAGGUGAAGGUGCUCACUCUGAAGAUGAUCACAAGCCCGCGUUCAAAAACACACAAACCCUUCGCUACCUCCUCAGCUCUUUGCCGACGACAAUCUCGGGGUUCUUCCAUCUGCUUGGACAUGGUAUCCUUGGGAAGCGUCGUCCUGACACUUACUCCAGACAGAAUGCGUCAAUGGUGGCUGAUGCCAUCGCCGGGGUUGUACUUCGUCAACUUCAACUGGAAGCUCCCAAUAAGUCUUCGGAAGUGAAGGAUCGCUUUUCGUACCUCAUUGUGAUAUUGUCUGCUUUCACUCAAUUAUUGUUUGAAGCACCCGUUGAACGAUCUCAUUCUCACUGCCUAACCGCCAUUUUGUUUGCAUUCAAGAGACAGAAUGGCUUGAGUAUGAUGAGAAAUCUUUGUGGAUUGUUUUUACAAGAAAUCAACACCUUAGCACCCCAGGCCGGAGGGGUUGAUGACCCCAACAAAUCGGCUCGCCUUGCAUCAGCCUAUGGCGGKUUGAAGAUUAUUUUGACAUUCUUCUCGGAGAUUACUUCUGCCAAGGAGUCAAGCCAGGCGCAGGCCCUAGCAUCCACUGAGCGGGAGCGAGACCGCCCUGAUUACUUCAGUGCUGGUCAAUUUCUGGUGGAUCUGCGAAUGGAAGUUUUACCCAUGGUUAGAGAGCUUUGGAGUUCCGAUUUCGUCGAUAGAGCUUCGAGUUCUAUCGUGAAGUGUCUUGUUGAAAUUCUCCGCUCUAUUCUUGAUGGUGAACAUGAACAGGGGGCUGUCGUUCAGAAGAUAAAUGGCCACCAAUUUUAUUCAGAGUAUCCGAAGAAGGAAUUUUUCCUCAACCAAGAGCGGUUGAACACGCUUGUCGAAAGAGGUUAUGACUUGGAAUUAGCUCACGAGGCUCUUUUCCGUUGCAACAAUGUUUUGGCCACAGCAGAUGAGUACUGCCAUGCCCAGACUUGGCUGCGACCACCACCAAGACUGCAACCAGAGUCUGACUUAGAGUCGACCAGAAGGACCAACGCAACUACUGAAGAAGCACCAGUAGCUGAUGCAACCUCUAACUUGUCGGUGACGGAUACCAAUUAUGCUUUAGCAAGAAUUAUUCGUGAAGGACCGCCUCGCUUAGUGCAAGGCGACGGUAGCUCCAACAAUAAUAUGGAUCAUGAAGCCGGUAGCAAUGCGGAGUUUCUUACAAGAGCACUCAGUCGGUAUUUCAGUGAUCCAGAAGCUCUGCUAAACGAGUCUCAAAAUGAUCCCUCGUCACGAAUGCACCGUCGUGCCCCAAGUGAGUCCGUAGGCCAGUCAACAGAGCUGCGCAGGCGUGAGAUCACGACGAUCGAAGAUCUCGAUGCGGAACGCGACAAGGUUCGGAAGAAUAUGAUAGAACGAUGUCUCGAUGUUCUCAAUGUUCACCACGAUGUCACUUUUGAAUUAGCCGAUCUCAUUGCAUCCGCAACGAAGAAACACCGGGACCCAGAAGGAUUCAGAAAGGAAGUCGGUGAAACCUUGGUGCAGUCACUGAUUUCACUACAAAUUGAUGACGAUGUCCAGCCUGCUGGUAAGAAAAUUGCGGCUUACGCUAAUCUACUGGCGCUGGUUCUCCAGGACAGAUCGAUCUACCAAGCAACGAUAGAAGAGCUGAAAGAGUGCUUCUUGACUCUACUUGAGUUCAUCAAGAUUCCUGUUUCUGACAAGGCAGCAAAAGAAUCCUCACCAUGGGUCGGACAAGUUCUGCUAGUCAUCGAGAAAUUAUUGUCGGACGAUGCUCAGCCACCCCAGAUUCAGUGGAACGCUCCUUCAACACUCGAUGAGCCUAUAGAUGCUGGACCAGCUUCUCUCAAGCAACCUCUGCUAUCUACCGAUGAGAAGGUGCAAUUAUUUGAAUCCUUGCUUGAGGUUUUACCUAGAGUCGGAAAGGACGAAAGUCUUGCCUUAUCAGUGUGUCGAAUUCUUGUUAUUCUCACAAGAGCUAGGCACAUUGCAGUUCGUAUGGGCGAGAAACGUAAUCUUCAACGCCUCUUUGUCAUGUUGAAACAGCUCUCAAGCUCUUCCAAUGAUAAACUACAGGGUGCUUUCAUGCUAAUCUUGCGCCACAUUGUGGAAGAUGAUGACACUGUUCGACAAAUCAUGCGAAACGAGAUAACUGCAAGCUUCGAGUCUAGGUCUUCAAGGCAGACAGAUACGACUGCUUAUGUGCGACAGAUGUACCAUCUAGUUUUGAGGUCCCCCGAACUGUUUGUUGAAGUAACAAACGAGAUACUCAAAAUCCAGCGUUUCGAACCAAGUCAGAAGCCUCAGAACCUAGCUUUGAAAGUCACCAAAUCCGAAACAGCACCAGAGAGCAAAGAUAUUGCAGACAAAGCUGUGGAUACCGUUGAAGACAAGGAACCUUCGGAAACGAAAGACAAGGGCAAAGUCGUCGAGCUGAAGCCGCCAGUAAUCGAGCAUCCCGACGGCGUGAUUCAUUACUUGUUGUCUGAACUACUGUCCUAUCGUGAUGUGGACGACAAGGAUUCCACCUCAGAGGCCGUGGAAGGAAGCACUGCAAAUAUUCCAGAGCCACAGAAUGAGUCUGAAAUGUCCGUCGCUGAAACAUCGCCAUCGUCCUCAAUUGCAGAUCUCAGUGCUGCUCGAGAUACUAAGAAGCAAGAAAAGCCAACAUUCAAAGCAGAUGACCACCCCAUCUACAUUUACCGAUGCUUCCUUCUUCAAUGUUUGACUGAGCUGCUUUCCUCGUACAACCGGACGAAAGUGGAGUUUAUAAAUUAUUCCCGCAAGGCAGACCCUAUGGCAACCACGCCUUCCAAACCUCGUGGAGGAGUUCUGAACUACCUUCUCAAUACUCUAGUGCCUACAGGGACAUUGGAGCAUGACGAAUCAGUAACUUCCAAGAAGCGCAGCAACACAUCUUCUUGUGCCAUGCGAGUGCUCGUGGCAUUGUGCACUAAGACGGGCGAGUUCGGUGGAAAUAAUAGACGGCGAAAUGUUGAAGACGAGGAAGAAGAGCCUGAAUUGCUGUUCGUUCGCAGGUUUGCUCUUGAGCACGCUCUGAAAGCAUACAAAGACGCCAUGUCCUCCACUGAGCCACUGGACAUGAAGUACUCGCGAUUGAUGUGCCUAGCAGAUCUUUUUGACAAAAUGCUUAGCGGCUAUACAUUUGCUAGCGGUGACACGACGUUCCCAUCGUCUACAAGACAACUCGCCAAGACGAUGUUUGAAAAGCAUUUUAUCUCUUCGUUGACAGCUUCAAUUGCUGAUGUCGAUCUUAACUUCCCCGCAUCAAAAAGAGUCAUCAAAUACAUUCUUAGGCCUCUGAACAAGCUGACGCAAACUGCUGUCAUACUAAGCGAAACUUCAAGUAUCUCAACUUCAGGCGAGACCGAAGAGUACGAAAUAUCGUCGGCGACAUCUGUCUCGGAUAUCGACAAUGGUCGCGAAGAAACUCCAGAUCUCUUCCGCCAUUCCACCCUGGGCAUGUUGGAGCCUAAUCAUGAAGAAGACACUAGCGAGGAGGAAUCUGAAGAAGAUGAUGAGAUGUUCGAUGAUGAGUAUGGUGAUGAGAUGGAUUACGAUGAAGAUCUUCCCGAAGAUGAUGGAGAGGUUGUCAGCGAUGAAGAUGAGGAUCUUGAUGGCCGUGGUCCUAUUGAGGGCUUGCCAGGAGAUACCGGCAUGGAUAUUGAGGUCCUUCUCGACGAAGACGAAGAUGAUGACAGUGAUUCAGACGACGAAGAUGACGAUGAUUCAGACAUGGAUGACGAUGAUGAAGAUGAUGAGAUUAUGGCUGGGGAGAUUACUGGCGAUCGCGAUAAUGACAGCUUAGAGGGCGAUGAAGAUGAUGAAUGGGAAAGCGAGGACAUGUCGGAAGAUAAUGAAGAGGCAGCCGAAAUGCUCAACCAGCUUGAGAGUGAAUUUGGUGACUUGAGACAGGUCGACCCUCAUGUUGAAGGAUCGCGAUUUGAGAACCUCUUCCGUGUUAUCCAUGAAGCAGCGGGUGCCAUGGACGAUUUCCCAACGAACAGCUUGGGAGGCGAUCCACAGGAAGACUUGGCUGUUGAUGGAAUGAAUGAAGAAGAGGAUGAAGAGGAAGAAGAUGAAGUUGAUGAAUUGGAAGAAGGAAUGGAUGAUAUGGACGAUGAUCAACUUUCUUACGAUGAAGGUAUUGAUGAUGAGGACAUGGAGCCCUGGGGCUGGGAUGGUGAGGAACCACCAACUUCUCGCCAUCAUCAUCACCACCAUCAUCGCCAUGUACGUGGAACACCAGCAUGGACAAGCUUUCCUAGUGGCUUCAACCGAAAUGGAAUCAUUCCUAUCCCCCCGUAUCGCUCUCAACGCUCUCAAAUAACCUCUCGCAACACCGACGAUGGCACGAAUCCGCUCCUCAUCCGUACUGAUCGUGGACCUGACGGCACUGGGCAAAUUCGUGGCCCGGGCACUGAAGCCUUCACGGAUUGGGUUCAUGGAGUAGAUUCAACGUCGGCAGGACGCGUCAUUUCCAUGGACACGCCUGUAAGCUUUAUGAACGCCAUCAUGCAAGCCAUUGAAGGUCAAGGAGGCCCUGGUUUUGGUGUCAUUACUCGACCAGAUGGUAUUCAUGUCCAUGUUGACCGCCGCGCAUUAUUGCCUGGGAAUCAGCUCCAAAGCAUAUUUGAACUAGGACGACCACAAAUUCCAUCUAGCAGAUCUCGGGAUGAUCCAUCGCAGUCGAUCAGCUUUGCUCUAGCAACGACAACUGCUAGGUGGCAAGAGGAGGCUCGCAUUCUGUUCAGCAGUAACCACCUCGAAAAGACCCAGCGUGUCAUCAACUCCCUAUUGCGUGUUCUCGUGCCCCCCGCCAUUGAAGAAGAAAAGAAGCGUCGAGCCGAAGAGGAAGCAGCCCGCAGACGCCGGGAGGAAGAGCGAUUGGAAAAGGAGAGAGCCGAUCGUCUCGCUAGAGAGGAAGAAGAACGUGAACAAAGAAGAAAAGAGGCUGAGGAGGCUGCUCGGCGCCAGGAAGAGUUGGCACGACAAGCCGAACAUGGAGCACCUAUCGUAGAGGCUGAGGAGGUUGAUGAGCCUAUGAACGAUGUUGACAGUGCAGAGUCGCUAGCCGAAGCCGCCGCUGAAGCUCAAGAAACUGGACCUUCCGAACCAGCGCAGCGGGUUUAUACCAAUAUACGCGGUCGUCAAGUAGAAAUUACAGGCAUGGACAUUGAUCCGGAAUACUUAGAGGCUUUGCCGGAAGAUCUCAGAGAGGAGGUCAUUAUGCAACAAUUGGCUGAACAGCGAUCUCAAGCCGUUGCUUCUGGAGAGGAGCCUACAGAUAUCAGCCAGGAGUUCCUGGAAGCAUUACCGCCCGAAAUUAGAGAGGAGAUUCUUCAAGCCGAAGCCUCAGCUCGGCGACGUCGCGAGCGAGAGUCUGCUCGUCGACAAGCUGCUGCGAGCGGAGCCCCAGCUCACGCAGAAGAAAUGGAUCCUGCAAGUUUCAUGGCAACCCUCGAUCCUUCGCUGCGACAGUCUGUGCUGGCAGAUCAGCCCGAUGAGAUUCUAGCUACACUAGGACCGGAGUUCUUGACAGAAGCCCGUGCACUUCCUGGAAGGCGGCUUGCACAAUUCGGAGAUGUCGGCCGUGUAGAGCAACGACAGCGAGAUGAGGUACAUGAACAUGAUACUAAAAAGCCCCAACGCCGUCAAAUUGUGCAGAUUCUUGACAAGGCUGGAGUUGCCACGCUACUUCGUUUGAUGUUCAUGCCUCUACAAGGUAAUGCGCGCCAUCAGUUACACGACAUCCUCCAUAAUGUCUGUGAGAAUCGCCAAAACCGGGUAGAAACGAUCAGCCUUGUUCUGUCCAUCCUCCAAGACGGAAGCUUAGACGCAGCAGCGAUCGAGCGGAGCUUUGCUCAUUUGUCGCUACGUGCUAAAAUGCCCCCCGUUCAAAAAACGCCUCAGUCAGCCAAGCGCAAUCAAGCCCCUCCGGCGUCGAGUGGUGCCAAUAACGACGUAACGCCUCUUCUUGUUGUGCAACAAUGUCUUGACACCCUUUCUUUCCUGACUCAGUACAAUCCACACAUAUCCUGGUUCUUCCUUACAGAACACGAAUCAGCUUCCAUGCUCAAACUUAGAGCUUUGCGCAAAGGCAAAGGAAAGGAGGCCAAGGACAACAGAUAUCCUCUCAAUGCACUUCUCUCGCUGUUAGAUAGAGACAUGAUCAUGGAAAGCCCGAAUUGCAUGGAACAACUGGCCCAUCUUCUCAGCACUGUAACUCAGCCUCUCACUAUUCUUCUUCGACGUGAAAAAGAAAAACAAGAAGAAACCUCCAAAGGCAAGGAACCGCAGCGUCCCGAUGAAACCGAGAACGAUUCAGGUCAUGUCGUUGUUGAGGCUACAGAGGUACAUGAUACAGAUAUGCCUGAAGCUACCGAUGCUGCGGGCACCAAUCCAAGCGCGAAUGAGGAGAAGUCGAAGAAGCGGACUAUAGAACCUCCAGUAAUUCCAGAUCACAAUUUGCAGCUGGUGGUGGGUAUUCUUGCGGCCCGUGAAUGCAAUGGCAAGACUUUCCGGGAGACGCUCUCGACAAUCAACAAUCUAUCAGCGAUUCCCGGCGCAAAGGAUGUCAUCGGCAAAGAACUCAUCUCUCAAGCACAGGCCUUAAGCGAAGCAAUUUUGAUCAAUCUUGAUGAAUUGCUUCCGCAUAUCGAACAAGCAAGCUCUGGCACGGAUGUACAAGGGUUGGCGUUGUCGAAAUUCUCACCCGCUAGCUCCGACCAAGCCAAGUUGCUCCGUAUUUUGACAGCACUCGAUUAUCUGUUUGAUCCCAAUCGUGUUGACAAGGUCAAGGGCGCUGAACCAGAAUCCGCACCCAAAGAGGAUGUUCUUAGGACAUUAUACGAAAACUCAACAUUUGGCCCUCUUUGGAACAAGCUUAGUGCGUGCUUGACAAUCAUUAGACAAAAGGAGAAUAUGCUCAACGUCGCCACGACUUUACUUCCGUUGAUUGAGGCUCUCAUGGUUGUUUGCAAGAACACAAGCCUCAAGGAUGCACCCAUUUCGCGACUCACUAGGGAACACUCGGUUGCAACGCCUACCUCGGAAACUGGCCCCGGAAUGGAGAACUUGUUCUUCAACUUUACUGAAGAGCAUCGUAAGAUUCUCAACGAGCUUGUCCGUCAGAACCCACGACUCAUGAGCGGAACAUUCUCUCUGCUCGUCAAGAACCCGAAGGUCUUGGAGUUUGAUAACAAGCGAAACUACUUCACCCGCCGCAUCCAUUCGCGGGGCGCCGAAGUCCGACAACCUCAUCCUCCUCUCCAACUCUCUGUUCGACGAGACCAAGUGUUCUUGGACUCUUUCAAGAGUCUGUACUUCAAGACUGCAGAGGAAGUCAAGUAUGGAAAACUCAACAUUCGUUUCCAUGGCGAGGAGGGUGUCGAUGCCGGUGGUGUGACGAGAGAAUGGUUCCAAGUCCUUGCACGUGGCAUGUUCAACCCCAAUUAUGCGCUUUUCAUCCCAGUUGCCUCUGAUCGAACAACAUUCCAUCCAAACCGAUUGAGUGGGGUCAACACUGAACACUUGAUGUUCUUCAAAUUUAUCGGCCGCAUCAUUGGCAAGGCUCUUUACGAAGGCCGUGUUCUUGAUUGUCACUUCAGUCGAGCUGUGUACAAGAGCAUCCUUGGAAAGUCUGUGUCUAUCAAAGAUAUGGAGACGCUAGAUUUGGACUACUACAAAUCUUUGCUGUGGAUGUUGGAGAACGAUAUCACGGAUAUCAUCACUGAAACCUUCGCCAUCGAGACCGACGAUUUCGGCGAGACCCAGGUUAUCGACCUCAUACCAAAUGGUCGCAACAUUCCCGUGACACAGGAAAACAAGGAGGAGUACGUGCAGCGAGUAGUUGAAUACAAACUGGCUGGUUCUGUCAAGGAACAACUUGAAAAUUUCCUCAAAGGUUUCCACGAUAUUAUCCCACCUGAUCUCAUAUCAAUCUUCAAUGAACAAGAGCUCGAGCUGCUCAUUUCUGGUCUGCCCGAGAUUGACGUUGACGACUGGAAGAACAAUACGGAGUAUCACAACUACUCUGCCUCGUCGCAACAGAUUCAAUGGUUCUGGCGAGCAGUCCGGUCAUUCGACAAAGAAGAGCGUGCGAAGUUGCUCCAAUUCGUGACCGGCACGAGUAAAGUUCCACUCAAUGGUUUCAAGGAGCUGGAAGGUAUGAAUGGAUUCAGCAGGUUCAAUAUUCAUCGGGAUUAUGGCAAUAAGGAACGCCUGCCAAGUUCUCAUACAUGUUUCAACCAACUUGAUCUGCCCGAGUACGAAAGCUACGAGGAUCUCCGUUCACGACUGUAUAAAGCCAUGACUGCCGGCGGCGAUUACUUUGGCUUUGCCUAA